CGGGCGCAGGUGGCCGGGCGACAGCUCUGCCGCGCCGGCUCCGGCCCGCGCCUAACCGCGCCCCGCUUCCCUCCAAGGACCUGAAGGAGAAGAAGGAGGUAGUGGAGGAGGCGGAGAACGGCAGAGACGCCCCCGCCAACGGCAACGCUAACGAGGAGAAUGGCGAGCAGGAGGCCGACAACGAGGUAGACGAAGAGGAGGAGGAGGGCGGCGAGGAGGAGGAGGAAGAGGAGGAAGGCGACGGUGAGGAGGAGGACGGGGACGAGGACGAGGAGGCCGAGGCAGCUACGGGCAAGCGGGCGGCGGAGGACGACGAGGACGACGACGUGGACACCAAGAAGCAGAAGACCGACGAGGAUGACUAGACAGCAGAAAAGGAAAAGUUAAACUAAAAAAGGCCGCCGUGACCUGUUCACCCUCCACUUCCCGUCUCAGAAUCUAAACGUGGUCACCUUCGAGUAGAGAGGCGCCCGCCGCCGCGGCAGCGCCACCGCAGACGACACCGCUCUCCACGCCCCACGAAACCACACGCGAAUUUGCAACAGGGAGGAAAAACCAAAACUUCCAAGGCCCUGCUUUUUUUCUUAAAAGUACUUUAAAAAGGAAAAUUUGUUUGUAUUUUUUAUUUACAUUUUAUAUUUUUGUACAUAUUGUUAGGGGUCAGCCAGUUUUGAUGAUCGCGGAUGACCAAACCAGCCUUCCGGAGCGUUCUGUCCUACUUCCGACUUUACUUGUGGUGUGACCAUGUUCAUUAUAAUCUCAAAGGAGAAAAAAAACCUUGUAAAAAAAGCAAAAACAACAACAAAAAAACAAUCUUAUUCCGAGCAUUCCAGUAACUUUUUUUGUGUAUGUACUUAGCUGUACUAUAAGUAGUUGGUUUGUAUGAGAUGGUUAAAAAGGCCAAAGAUAAAAGGUUUCUUUUUUUCCUUUUUUUGUCUAUGAAGUUGCUGUUUAUUUUUUUGGCCUGUUUGAUGUAUGUGUGAAACAAUGUUGUCCAACAAUAAACCGGAAUUUUAUUUUGCUGAGUUGUUCUAACAA